AUGGGUCCGGAAAUCGUGGCAAAAAAAACGAGUGUAACAACUUAUUACACCGAGAUGGAGCCGCAUCACAUGGAUUGCGGGUGGUGGAGCCGUUAUUCAUUUGCCGUGGGAUCACAAGGAAACGCCAGAGGGCUUUAGGACACGAUGCGCCGAACAAGGAGCGAAGGGCGGUCCGAAGGCCGAGUAAUCCCAACGAGCAGCCUCUCGAAAUGGGUCAGCUUCUCUCCUUCAUACUUUGCGUUGCACACUUCAUAGGUCAUUUUCUUCUUAUUUUUUGCCGUUUCUUCCAAAAGUUCCAGGUUAAUGUCUGGAAAAUGAAAUUUUGGAAAGAUUAAAUGCAAUUUGCUUCGAAGUUUGUCCAUUGUUCUCCAUACGAAUGCAUUAAUUACGAGUCGGAAGCUUUUGGAUGUGGAAUUUCAUUGGGCUGAGUUCAAAGGGCUUUCACCAGUUCAAGGAUCACUUGAAAUAUCUCAGAUGAGUUUUUAAUAGGACGCUGACCGUUAUUAUUCCAAAAAUUGUGGUAAUUAGACUGCUCAAAACUGCUCUUUAAUAUUUUCGAACAAGAUAAGUUAAAUUACACGUAAUUUUCACAAAACUACGGACGAAAUUUUGAAUUUUAGAUAAAGUAGCUUUAGAAUAAUAAGCUCCUAGCUCGAAACUUUCAAUCCUUCUUGAACUUCCGAAACUGUCCAUUUUUCUUUUGUACUGCCCAAAAUUUUUCGCAAAUCUGAAAAAGUGAUUCAUUCUCAGAUAAAAUGUUUAUUGGGUACACUGUGUUCAAAUGUUUUUAUUUGACAGUUUUUUGAAAAGCCACGAAAGCUUCAUUGAACUCCGACUUCCCACCGAAAUUUUUUGCUUGCAUGAACCUUUUUCAAAGCAUCACCGAGAAAAAAGCAGCUGCGUUAUGAAAUCGGAUGCGUUACUUUCACACCCGCAGUUAUUACGCUUACGACGUUUUUUGAAAACUUUUUAAAGACGACUCUCAAAAUUUUGUUGUCGAACUGAGCUCGGUUUGAGUUGUCUCAUGACGGUAAUCGAUCAAAAAGAAAGGCAAACAAAUCUGACCCAAGAAAUUACAAGUUCACGUGAAAAGCGAAGGAGCAUUGAACUCUUGCAACAGAUUCGACGACAAGGGCUGUCACUCAGAAAAAUUGCCAACUCUGAGGACAACCAGGAGGAGCCAAAGCGUGGUUGUAACAAGAGAGAGUCGGUUGCAGACGAUGGCGGCGCGGCGAUUGAUCCCUCGGCGCCACCCUCGCCGGCUCAUGCAGUAGAGCUCAGACCAUGUCCUACCUGCUGCCGCUCCUUUUGUCCUGCCUAGUCGUGCUCGUCGGCGGCAGAGGCUCUCAAUGGACCUCCAUGAUGUUCCCUGACCUGAGAGGUCCCACAGUCUCGCAGUGUCUCGCCGUUCUGCCACGUAACAAGCAGCAGCUCUACGUCUGCGAUCCCGACCACAUCCUCAAUAAUACUCAAGGUAUUUUCCAUUCAUUGAAAGGUUCAUGUAACGCGACUUGAAAAGAUAUGACCCCAUUAGAAAUGCCUCAGCGCGUUGAGUCUCAACUUAACGUUUUGAGAUGUCCAAUGGUGGAAAAAACAAGUCAUUUUGACGCUACAUGAUAACCGUUACUCGUUGAGCCAUUCUCUGUGCGACCAUCUUUUUUCAAGUCGUGCAAAAUCCAUGAAAAUAACUUCCCAGCACACAUCUCCAGUAAGUCUCACUUAAUAAUUCACCGUUUUUGUUUCAAAGACUUAAAUUUUAAUUUCUAAAUUUUGAUUGAAAGUAAAAUCGAAGAUUUGCUUAUUUCUAUGAAACGGAAAAGUUCACGUUGUUUCGUACAGCCAGAAUUUUUUCCUCUUGCAGAAAAUUAAAUUCUCCGCAUCAUGCUUUGGGAAUUAUUCAUGAAACUGCUCAUCACGGAACGGACGUUCAAGAAUUUUUUCUAAAUUUAAAUCCAAGUUUGGAAGGGAAAACAUGAAAAGUGACGAAUUCCAGCAAUGCAGCUGAACCUGAUGUUGCAAGAAUUGGCCGUGGGAACGCCUUGUCACUGUCAACGACGCUCUCAAUGUACUUCCGGCUCCGCAGGUCUUUUUUUUCUUCCAGACAUGUGUCAAGUAGGUUUGCUCAUAAGUUUGAGUUCCUGAAAAAAACUACUGUUGUUGCAUUUCUUUGAAUAUUUUCCAUCUAAAGUUCAUCUUCGAUGUUUCAACUCUGUUGUUCUUAAAAUCUGUCAUUUGCGUGAUUUUCGAGUUUGAUCAUCGACCUCGAUAUCUCUUUGCUAUCUGCAAAUUUUUUUUUCGAUAUUGCAUCUCUUUCGAUAAAAUUAUUAUCGUUAGGAUUUUGAAAACAUUUUUCAAAUUGUCAGUCCUAUUUCAACUCGUUCUUUUCAAUUUCUCAGCAGCCUUACUAUGAUAAUUUUCUGUUGGAGAAUAUUCACUUCUAUCUGAAGAAAUCAAAUUUCUUUUCAGUUUUUGUUUCAUGAAACGUACCUAAACUAAUGUAAAUCUAUUAUGAAUUAUCAGGGAACUUCAUAUUUCAAAUUUUCAGAAUUUUGAAACUUCUUCAUUUAAAGAUCUAUUUUAAAUUCCAAGACAAAUUUUACCUUAUGAGUAUUUUAGCCUUGACCAUCUUCAAAGUAAAUACUUUUGAUUGAAUUCUCGUUUUGCAUGAAAAGUAAUCAUAUUUUUUAUUUACUUGUGUUUACUUUUCGCUAUUUCCCAAUGAAAUCUAUUUUCCAUAAUCAGUUAACCUCAGGAAGCGGAAGCGAAGGACUGCAUGGAUUUGUCGUCAGUGUGGCGAUCGUCCGGAAUCUACACAUGCAGAUGCAUUCGCCUAGCGAAGCGUAAGUCGCUGAAUUUCUUUCAGAACACGGGGCUUUUCAGACAGCUGACAGAACGAGCCGAACUGUUUUGUCGGGCGUUGGAAGGUCGCUGGGCUCUUGGCGACUGUGGCAACUCCAUCAUCAUCUUCGUCUGGCAGCACUAUAAAAAGGUUUUGGUCUUCAAAGUUAUCCCGUAAACGGCCAAGUUAUGUCAAUAAUCUUUAUAAUUAGGUCCGCACGACAAUUCUUUAUUAUUUCUCCUGCAAAAGUUGUGAUUUUUUAUUCAAAAACAUUUCUCGUCUCAACCUAGCAUCAAACGCUAGUUUUGAAUUGCUAAUUGGAUUGUUGAAUUUUUGAGUCUUUUAAAAGACAAUGGGUUCAUUUUCCCCUUGAAAUAGCAACGCCAUAGUCAUAAGGUUGAAAAAAACGAAAAGAGGGCUUAAUUUAAAAUUAUACCUUCAAAUGAAGCUUCUGCCUUUCACGUAAAGAUUUUUUAAUCAAAUUUUAUCGUUUCAAAAUAAGAGGUCAGAAAUUAGAAGUCUUUCGCGAAAGUUGAUACCCACUCCGCAAUGCUCAGAUUCUAUUUGGACACUUAUUUGUUGAACCUACUGGGUGCAAUCGUGAAUAAUUCCAUUUUGAGCUGGUGAUCUGGCCUGCGCGGCUCGCCGAGAGAUACGUGACGUCGGCCGAACGCAAGGCGAUCAUCUCCAAGGUCAACGAGUUCGCUCAGGUCGACAACUGGUUCCAGGCUCUUUCCAUCAUCAUCAGUUCGUUCAUUUCAUCCUUCUUCCCGAUGAAUGCUCUAAAACCUUCCAGAAGAGCUGUCGAACGAACUGAACGGCGUUCCUGAAGACAAGUUCGACACGGGUACUCUUUCUUUGCUCAUUUCCAUUGCUGUCGCCGUUUUUCUCACAAUUUUCAUUACUUGUGAGUUUUUUUUGCCAUCAUUGUUGUUUGUGGCUUCGGGAACGGCUUGAAGCGGAUAUUUAAGCCGUUCGCGGCACGCUUAUUUUGUUUUUAUUUUUCCGAACGCCUGCGGCUUGAACAUGCAAAUGACAGAAAUAAAAGCGUUGCCAUUUUUUCGCAGAUCUCAAAUUUUAUAGACUGAUGGGCAACUUUUGAAAAUAGAAACUCGUUUCAGAGAAAAUAGAAACUGGUUUUUUGACUUCCUUGAGUCUUUUUUAACCCCUAAUCUGAAAAUUGGGGCCAGAUUAGAAUGGAAACUUUCAGGUUGUGUUUGUGCUUUCCGAUGCUGCGGAAACGUGCGGCAAGACCGUCGAAAAAGCGUCGAAAGAGCUGUCGACACUCUUCGGGCGAGUGUCAUUCGAAGGAGCGGUCAACUCAGAAGGUCAGAAAUGUUUGUGAUUUUCAAUUUUUGUUGUGAGAUAUUCGGAAAUUCAGCCGAUAAAGCCUUGAAAAUAAGUCUAAAACGUUCAUGCAUUCUGGUAGGUUCAAACUGAGGGCUCUAGUGAUUCACGAAUAUUUUUGUCUGAAUUUAACCAAUUUUUUUUUCACAAAAAUCAAUUUUUUUUUCUCAUCUGAAGAGGCUAAAUUGUACUUGAUCUCAUUUUAUUCCAAUGAAAAAAAAAAUUCUACUUUCGAGUUCCAAAAAGAUUCAACAAAUUCAUUAAACUAUGACCAAAAAAACGAAAUCCCAUGCUUUUUUUAAAGUAAUGGAGUUCUAUUACUUUUUAAAUUUCAAGAUAUUUACUCAGCUUUACUCGAAACUUCCGGCUUUUUAUCACUGCACUUCACGGACAUCUUUUGCUUCAUUGAAAAAAAUAUCUUUUCCCAAAAAUAUUCUCGGCUGUUAGCUUCUUUCUCUACACUUUUUUUCUGCCUAUUUGGAAAAAAAAAGAAAGUUUGAGGUCGAUCAGCCGAUCGCCGAAAACAGUCAACCCGACGCGCUUCUUUCCUUCAUCCGACGCGACAGCUGUCUGA